AUGUCUAACUCGGGAGAGCCUGUCGCUAGUACAGGCGACGUUGAUAUCCAGACGGAUGUCCCCCGUAUGCGUGACGCCAGUACCCAGACAUAUGUCCGUGAGACAAACCCUGUCUACGAAACAACUGGUCCCGACAGAAGCCUUGUCGUCCCCGCAAUCCCCGUCGCAGCAUGUCCAGUCAAACCGGAGAUCAGCGUCAGAAUCGUCGACGGGAAGCGCAUAGUUGAUCUUCUAGGCUGCGGAGACGACCGCAAGGGAAGACACCGACCCCCCUUCCGCUCAACCCAUAGGGUAAUCAUGGACACCAUGACCACCUCCGGGCCUCCUCUCUACAGCAGGCUUGUUAUUCCGACCAACCCCAACUUGAACAUCUUGCUCAGAGCCCUGAACUAUCUGCUUCGCCAGAAGUACGACGCGUACCAGGGCCACCGCAGCGAGAACCCCGGCUCCCCGCUUGAGAACUACCCCCGCCAAAUGCGAAGGUACGAGGAACUCGCGGUUGCAGAAGCAGCGAGGGCUGCGGCGAGGAUGGCGCGGCCGCGGAGCUUAAGCCUGGAGAUGUACUACGUCAAUCGUGAGAACAAGCAAGUUCCCGUGCCCAACGGCGGUAGGCUGAUCUUCAUACGCCGGAGGUCCGACGGCUGGACUGUCUUCCACGACCCUGUCGAAAACGUAGCUGUGGAAUGUGUUAGGAAGAACGACGUCUGCCUCUGGGAGUGCGAGGAGGUGCUGGAUCAGAUUUAUCAUUGGUGCCGUGCUCUCUUCUUUGGUAGUGGUCCCCCGUACUAUCCCUCCUCCUCGAACCCUGGUCUCUUUGAAGCAUUGGUACCUAGCGAUCAACGCAACGGAGAUGGCACGAAUGUGUUGUAA